CUAGGGGGACAGUGUCAUGGCGGAGACGAAGCCCAGGACUCGUUAAGACUCCUCUCGUCCAGACUCUUCUCAUCAUCCGGUCAAUUGAAACCUGACUAACGGCCCAUCGCGCGGUCACUAUGCCGGGAAAGGACGCAAGUCAAGGGAACACGACAGCCUCUCUGUCGCGCAAUGUAUUGUCCGUGACUGGCCUCGUACCUGCUACCUCCGCGAUGAUUUUGUAUGACUGCCUCCUAACAUUCGUGAGUGAACUUGAGCUCUUUUGGCUCAAGCCGUCGAAGGGCUUCGCCGGGACUCUGCUCUUCGGGCUCAAUCGCCUCGCGGCCAUCGUAUGGAUCAUCUCUGAAAAUAGCGGUCCAGGCCCACCGGCCUUUAGCCACCCGAGCUGCAAGGCUUCCGUUCUGCUGGAGGCCGCAUCUACCGUAUUAGUCAAUGCUAUCUGGGGAGCGAUCUCUGCAGUCCGCGUACAUGCCCUAACCAGACGGAGUUGGUUUCUCUCAGCUUCAACGUUUCUGCUCGCUGUUGCACCCAUUUCAGUCACCUACGGAAUUGUAUCUAACAAAGUUGACACUUACAAGAUGGGCCAGACGCAGGUCUGCGUCUUAAUCUCCGACCUCGUUGUAUUACUCGUGACCCUGCAUCACACUCGGCCGAGACACUUGAUCAUGCUCCCCAAGAGGUCGCUUACUGGAGUGCUCUGUAAAGACGGAACAUUGUACUUCAUAGCGUUGACCAUCUUGAACGCGUUGGCACUGAUCAUCCCCCAGAUUCUGUGAGCGACUUCCUAGUGCCGGCCACGACGAUUGCUGCUUCCCGAUUGAUGCUCAGCAUGCGCGCAGCUGUAUACGAGCCGGGUAGCGUCUCCGAGCCAGGCACACUUGUGUUCGCCCGCCGGUUCGACCACUCUGGGCAGUCGGAGACGCAGCAUGC